AUGGCAACGGUUGCUGGAAUGGUUAAGCUCAUGUGGCGGCCUCCUCGUCAGGAGCGAGGGGCUAAAAGGCAACAUAUCGAUAGGAUGCUCCCGGAGAACUUCAAGUACUAUGGCCACUGGGGAUAUACCAUCUACCGCACGCAUUACAGCCCCGAGUCUGACGAACACUGGGACAUGCUACUCGACGCUUUGAAGCGACAAACCUACCUUGCACUUGGAUACGUCGGCACUGAGAAAAUGUACGACACAGAACGGAAGGAGAGAAGGGGAUGGACAUGCCAUUCCCACAAAAGCCUAGAUGAAUACAUGGAAGACUUUGAGCGGAUAAAGAAGUUGUUUCUUCUUGAUCCCCGCGAGGACGCGUCGCUGCUCGAUGGCAUGGAUAUUGGUCAGCUUCGAGAGGUGUGCCUGUAUGAGCACCCCGAGGCGGAAAAGACCAUGGCAGGGGGCCAGUUUAAAUUCGUCCUUGUUGCCGAUGAGACAGUUCUCAAUGACAUCGCAAGAGGAGAGUUUAUUGUCAAGGCGGUGCAAUACGAUUGGGAAGAGGGUUGGGGAGACUGGGGUUGGAUGAGGAUCCCAACAGGGUAUUUGUUGGAGAUUUGGCAUGCACUCAUGAUGUCUGAGUUUAAUCUCUAUUGGGUCUUGCAUUUUGACGGCCCAGAGGAGGAUCUCAAGGAACAUAUUUGGGCUGGAUAUGACGCAGCCGAUCCAACUGGCUGCGCCUCCGAGUUGAGAAAAGGCCACACUGGAAAAGUCCACAACCUCACCCGACCCAUCCUCAUCCUCAUCCUCAUCCAUCAGAUCACCAUCCUCAUCCUCAUUGCUGCCCUCCCCUGGCAGUGGAUCAUCGUCGAGAAUAGAUGCAGUGGCGCUUUGAAACAGCAAACCAGGCUAGCAUUUGGCUUCCACGAGGAUGAAGAGGAUGUAGAGGAGGAUAUGGACCAAGGCGAUGUGCAACGACUCAAGGAAUUAUUCCAUCUCAAUACCCGUGAGGAUGCAUCACUACUAGAUGGACUUGAUGUUCGCGGCAUUCGGGCAUUAUGCCAAAACGAGGAAUUUGAUGACAAGCGAGCUAUGGCAGAUAAGGUCUUUAAUUUUAUCCUACUCGCAGACGAAUCGGUAUUCAAGGAUAUUGCAAGGGGCGAAUUCAUUGUCAAGGCAGUCUCAUUAAAAUAG